UCUAGAGCUGACUAAUGUUAACUACAUACGCCCCACACAUUGCUAAUAAUUUCACCAGUUUCAUACAAACAUCUCUAACAAAAAUUAAAAAAAAAACCAACAACUAAUUCAUUGCUCGAACCUCUCGUUUCUACAAAACAACAGAACAGAGAAUGUCAAAAAUCAUUUUCUAAUUAAUAAUUACAAUAAAAUAUUUAUCAAGAGGAUGGGGGAAAAAAACCCUAAUUCAACUAGAAUCUGAAAAAUUAACAUCAGCUUUCUAUCCAACGUGCUAUCAAGAUCUCACGAAUAACAGCAGCAGAAUUCUUUCAAAGCCCACUGCUUACUUUCUGGCUUUUAUUUUAAGACAUGUCAGUCAGCUUUUUAACUACUACAUGCAGCCAAUGAAAUUUCCCACAAGCACAAUUCAUUGUUGGGCGAAGCACUGUAAAAAUAUAGUAGAAGUCUUUCGUGUGGAUUAUUAAAUGGACACAACGGCGAUUUCUAGCAAUUCCUGCUGAAAAUCCAGUUGACCAAAUCGAAGAAGGUUGGCUAUUGUUGGCCACAUUAGAAACAUUGUGAUUAUACAUAUAUAUUAGUAUUAUUUUAAAGAAACCUUUACGAUGGCACUACUUCCCAAUUGAAAGAAUUAAAGAAAUCGUUUUCAUUCUUCUCGAGUGAUUCAUCUGGAUUGCAAGUCUACAAUGAAAUAAAUUUUAUUUCAAAGCAAAUGAACAAAAGACAAAUUUAUUGGCAACAAUUAAAAUCGGCCGCUUUCUCCAGUUAAUAAUGUUCAUUCAGGACUUUAAUAAUCUAGAAGAAUGAGACAUUGUGACAAAAUUGGAGAGAAAAUACAAGAAGAAAAAAUAUGAGAAGAUUUCUGCAACAUAUUGAAAAUGUUUUAUUUUAAUUAACUGUUAAUUAAGGAUUUGAUUUAUCAUGAAACAAGGAAUUGUUUCUGAAAGAGCAUGAAGCACUUCCCUGAUGGAAUAUUUUGAGUACAGGGAGAGAGAUGAAAAUAUGUAAAACAAUUGUAGGAAAAUAUUGCAAAAAGCGAACUACUUGGCUUUAAAAGAACGAUUUGAGUUUUAUAGUGAAAGAAAGUAGAUGUUAAAAACGAGCUCAGCAAUUGAUUAGGGCCUUCCACUCGGAUUACUAUCUUCCCCCCAUCAUCAAGUGUUGCUGCUGCUGCUUCUUCUUGUGCUGACACCACACCGACAUGGCAGUCAUUAGACGAUUGUGGAAAAGUUGGGUUAUUUAGCAGCUCUAUAUCACUGACGACGUUGAGUGGAGGAAGAGAAGGAAAGCGAGACAGUGUGAGGAAGGGUGGGAAUGAAUGAGAGAGAGAGAGAAGAUAUAAAACAAGAGAGAGAAUGAUAUAAAGCGAGAGAGUGGCAGCUUUUUAUCGGCGACGCUGAGUGAAAGAAGAGAUAGAGAGUAAACGAGUGAGGGAAAGAAAGAAAGAAUAAGAGCUAUAAUGAGAGUGUGACAGCAGCUGCUGCUACUACUCCCCUUUACCUACCGACCGAAACUCAGGCAGGCAGACAGCCAGCCAGCCAGAAUGAGUAGAUGCUUGAGUGAGAUGCUCCGUUGGCUAGCAUGACUGCUUCAUGAAUAUGUAAGCAGCACCAACAGGAACAAUUUACCGUCGCCACUAUUACUCUGCUGUUUCUGUUGGAACAGAGAGAGAGAGAAAGAGAUAGAAACUAAUAUAAUAUUACUUCUUAGUCGACGAUUAAAAGACAAACGAGAGUUUGAGUGCGAGGAGAUAUAAGGGAUAUUUAAAGAAACACCCUGGUCCUGCUGUUGUUUUCCUUCUCAUUGCCAGCACCUUGCAACCAAACAAUCUUAUGGAUGUCUACAUGUUUACCAAGUUGCUUCCAAGAAUCCUUUCCUUCUAUAGGGUCUCCAAUGCUCCUUUUCCUGUUCUACACAAUAAAUUAAUCCAAUGUUUGGAUUGAACACUUAUUAUGGGACGAAGCUUACAACCAUUAAGGUUCUGUAACCUAUGUGAAUUCUCUACCAGAAACAAAUAUUUCUUCAAGAGGCAUAUAAAUUUUUGUCGGCGUCGAAACAGAAACAAGGAAUUCUUACCAGGCUCCCUUCCUCCCCCUAGCACAAUUUCCGAAGACACAAUGGCAUCUACACCAGAGUUAGAAGAGGUUCCAGUUGUUGUAAAAAAUGAUACUUCUAGUCAAGAAAUUCAAGAUAUUGAUGAAGCUUCCAUGGAUAUGGAUGAUGGCUCUCUCAUUGAAAGUAGUCCUAUGAAUCAGUCCUCAUAUGAUGAAUAUCCAGAAAUCUCUGGGAGUUCAUCGUCAGGUGGAAUCUUGCCACCACCUAAUGUUUGUCGCAAUUAUCACUGUCAGGAAUGUAGUUUCACAACUACUAAGUCGAAAAUGUUUUUGUAUCAUCAAAUCGAUGUGCAUGGUGCAAAUUUUAAUGUUUUCCCUUGUGACUUCUGCGAAUAUGCUUCUCGCUGGAAGCACAAGCUCUUGCGACAUAAGGAAAAGGCUCACAAGGCAACAGUGACAAUGGAAGAGCUGCAACCAGAAUAUACAGCUACUAAAACUUCUCCAGCACCUAGUUCUCCGAAACCUAAAAAGCCAUCUCCAGCUCGAUACACAAUAUCAAAUCGGGCAGCAAAACUCAAGCGAUCUCGAGCCCAAAUUGGGAAGAAUAACAACUUAGAUUCUUGUUCAAUGUAUAUUGAAAAAUUAAACACUAAUUUUAAUGGAAGUUCUGUUUUCAAAUGCAAACUAUGCUUAUAUACAAGCAAAACUCGAAUGCAAGCUUACAAACAUGUUUAUAGUUGUCACAUAAAGGCAAAAGUGUUCAAAUGUAAGUUGUGUAAUUUUAGCACAGAGAAAAAGAUAGAUUUUUAUAUUCAUAAAAGCAAACAUACAAACGAAAAUUUUUACCAGUGUAAAGAAUGUUUAUAUGGAACAACCCUGAAAACAAAUUAUGAUCGACAUAUGUUGAAUCAUGAAAUGACCUCAGCUUUUACAUGUAACUUAUGCACGUACUCUAGCCCAAAUGAAGGAGCAUUGAAACGCCACCUUACUAACCACCAUUCAAACAGUGAAGAGAAUGUGUCGUUGAUAGUCAGCAGUACCAGUACAGCGGCAGCAGAUACUAAACCACGAGAUGUUAGAGAUUCAACCAUUGAAACCUUUUCACCGGAGACUAUUGUAGAAUCAGCAGUCCCAACAAAAUUUGUUGAUCAGAUUGAAAAAGAAGAUGAUGGUGUCAUCGCUGAUGAUGAUGAAGACGAAGAAGACGAAGACGAAGGCAACAGGCGAACAGUGGAAGGUCCCUCUCAUCAUCGUUAUACUAAAAGUUUUUGUUACCGAUGUCUAAUAUGCGGUCUGAAAUAUAAAAGGUCUCCAGAUAUGAAUCGUCAUAUGAAAUUAAAGCAUAACAUUUGUUUGCAAGAAUUUAAAAAACUUGAUCUUGAGAAACAGUAUCGAAUGUUGAAUUCUGUUGAUAAGAAAGAUGAUGCUAAUGACAAUGGUUAUGAGGAUGAUUACGGGGCACCGUUGGAUCUGUCAAUUAAAACUAUGCGUAGUGUUUUCAAUGUGAGUAAGACAAAAUUAAAAUGUACCUAUUGUUCUUACAUAGCAAAAUGGCCUUGUGAUCUACGACGACAUAUGGCUGUACACUCAAUUGAUAAAAGAUACAAGUGCCAUUUAUGCAUGCGGAAAUAUAAGUAUUUUGGUGACCUCAAUGUUCAUGUUCGGCGGGAUCAUGACAUUGAGCCUGAUAAAGCUCUCAUAGAAAAAGUGACAACAGUCCAGAAAAAGAAAUCCUCUCCAACCAUUUUCAAGUGCCCAUCUUGUUCAUUUACAUCAAGUUAUAAAUCUGAAAUAGACCGCCAUUCUAAAUUGCACGACGGGAAUAAACCAUACAAGUGUAAACUGUGCAAAUAUCAAAGUCAUUGGAAAGGAGACAUGAAUCGGCAUUUGUACCGUCAUCAUCCCAGUGAAGUGCAACAAGAAGAAGACAUAAAGAAUUUGGUGAUCUACCAGAAGAUAAUCAAUAGCGACAUGAUGUCAAGCACAAAAUCAAUUGUGACACCAUCAUCAUCAUCAACAUCAUUGUCAUCAUCCUUAGCUACAACAUCUUGUGACACAUCUACUGUAUCUGUACCUGCUACUGUUGCAACUAUCACUUCUACAUCUACUUCAUCUUCAUCUGCCACAACAACAAGCACUACCAUUUCAAUUAUUUCUCCCAUAUCUUCAACUGAUGACAAUAAGGAUUUGUCUAACACAAAGCAGGAAGAAACUACAGAUGACAAAUCGAUUCUGCCUUCAGACUGUGGCAGUGAUAUGGAAACAAGUAAACUUAAUGAUGAAACUCCUACUUUAAUAUCUGACUCAUCUAUGGUCGAAGGUGGUUCUUUAGAGAGGUCAGCUGAAGGUGUAUCCACAGCUUUUGCUGAUAUUUCUGAAGAGACCAAUCAAAAAGAGGUUCUUGGUCCAUUUUUGUGUAAUUACUGUGAUUUUUCUGCUCCUGCCCCUUCAAAGCUGAAGGCACAUCUUGCAACCCACUGGAAUCUAAAGAAAUUUAAAUGUCCCAUUUGUGGCAAGAGAUCCAACUGGAAAUGGGACAUCCGUAAACACAUACGCAAAGAACAUCCUGGUCAAAAUGAUGAUGUUAUUGUAAUGUCUGAACAAGAAGCUGAAGCAACAGUUCUAAAGUAUAUGGAAACAAUGCCGACUAAUCGCAGGGAACACCAGCUAAAUGUAGCUAUGUUAAAGCCGAAAAAGCUUUUUAAAUGUUCCCAGUGUAACUUUCAAUCAGCAUUUCGGUGGACUGUGCUUAAGCAUCUGAGAAGUGAUCACUCAAACCAAUCUGGAAUUUUAGGUGAUAAUCAAGGUGUGGAGAAUGUCCUGGGAAACUCUGAUAGCCAUAUAAUUAAUCAGAUUGAUAUCGAUGAAAGUAUUGUAAAAAUUGAACCAGGCACGACCCCACCUAAAUCUUCGUCAGUAUUAUCAAUAUCAUCGGCAAAAUCUACAAGCCCAGGUAACUUUGUAGCUAAGCCGACUGUUGUUUCCAGCAGCAACAUGCCAGUUCUUAGUGUUCCAGUUAUCAGCAAACUGAAGGGAUCGAAAAAAGACACUAAAUCCUCUUCAGAUAAACCUUACAUGUGCCCUCUUUGUGGCAAGCGGACAACUUUUCGAGGCGAUGUUCGCAAACACUAUCGAUAUAUGCAUCCAGGUGAAGAAAUUCGAAUACUCUAUGUUGGGAGUUUGUCCAAUGAAGAAAUCUUAACAAGAACAAAUGAAAUAAAAUUGACCAAUCCUUAUAUAUCUCCCAUUAAGAAAGAGAAAAUAUCCACUUCUCAGACUACAGAGAAACAUUCUGACAUAAAUAUACAUUCCUCUAAGCAAAGUCCCACCGAUACCACUUUAAUUCUUGCCUCUGAUAAAUUGAAAGACACUCCGGAGCAUACCACUGCAUUAGAGGCAUUGUAUAGUAACCCUAAACGAGUUGGUUAUAUAAAACCAUUCAAGUGUUCUGCUUGUGGACGUAGGUCCAACUGGAAAUGGGAUCUUAAGAAGCAUAUUAGAGAACGUCAUCCAGAAGGUGGCUACGUUAUUGUGAUGGAGGAAGAAGAAGCUCGGCUAUCUUUGUUAGCCGAAUGCUAUCCUAACCACCCCCUUGUUACUAAACAGAAGGAUGGCCCUGCAACUUCUGAUGAGUUCUCUUCUAGUUCCCUAACUCUAGUUACAUCUGCAGCUCAAAGAAAUGCUCAGAAAUUGUGGCGCCAAUUUGAAUGUUCUGGCUGUGGCUACAAGUCAAAUUGGAGAAGCGAUGUUUACCGACAUAUUAAGAGAAGGCACAACAACAAUCGCAGCAAGGUGAUGUGUAUUGAUCAUAAGGUCAGCGACUACCCACCACCAUUUUAUUUCAAAUUCAAGAAGAGUGAAGGGUGUUAUGAAAAGAAAACAGCUGACAAGUUAACUCACCUUGACGUGACUCCUGACACCGAGUCUCCAUCAGCUAACAAUUCUGUAACCAACUCCGAGGCGACCGCUAUACCUGACCAGUCAGAAUCCAUAACAGAUCUUUCUUCAUCUUCAUUACUUGGACAUGGUAAAAUGUGGAAAUGUAACAAGUGUACAUAUCGUCACAAGGACAAGAUGCUUGUGUUACGGCACUUGACAUCACAUAAAGUUAAGCCAUACAAAUGCAAACUGUGUGGGCAUUCUUCAAAUUAUCGAAGUGCCCUCUAUCGUCAUUUAAGACAGAAGCAUGGUUGUAAUGAUUACAGUCUUUGUAAAUUAAGCAUUUCUUAUUCAGCUGACAGUGAAAUAGGUGCUGCAUCUGGUGAAGAAAAUGAUACUGAUAUAGGGGACUUAAUGGACUUGUAUACAUGCAAGAUUUGUAAGUUUCAGUCAACUUGGAAAGCUUGUCUCUAUAGACAUCUCCGUGAGCGCCAUGGCACUACUGAUUAUAACAAUUGUUAUAUCAAACUGAAAUCAACUCAAGAAGGGGACUUAGAAGAAAAUCUUGGCUCUGAUAUCAUUCAAGAGCCAGUUCCCGAGCGUAUAAUAGACAGACCUCUAAAUAAAUUCCAAUGUAAUGUGUGUCCCUAUUCAACAAAGAAACCAACCUUGCUCAAAUUCCAUAUGAGUUAUCAUAAACCCAGAGGACAGAACCGUUUUAAGUGUAAGUUCUGUCCAUAUUAUGUUUGUGCAAGACGACUACUUAAUCAACAUGUUCGUUUGCAUUCAAAUGAACAUGCCAAAAGUAAAGUUGGUUCUAAACAGGCUAAUGUUUCUCUUAAGACAGAUGGAGUCCCUAGUACUAAAAGAAUGAAAUUCACUUGUGAAAAGUGUCCCUAUGCUACUAACAGUAAGAAUGAUUUUCUCUAUCACAAACAAUUCCAUCGUGUGAAACUCUCCAAUUCCACUGCUUUCAAGUGUGACUAUUGUGAUUACUGGGUCAGCCAUCGGCGUCUACUUAAACAACAUCUUCGUUUGCAUAUUGACCCAGAUCAAUUAUCACCAGUGAAGACCGAGGCCACAGAUGUUCAACUCUUGUAUGAUGCUGUUGAAAUAGCAUCAGUAAAACAAAAGCUUAUAGUAUCUAAGAUUUUGCCAAGUUUAUCUCAGUCUGAAAACUCAGAUUCAGCCAUAAAAAUUGCAGCCCGUUAUGCAACGUUUGGCAAUAAACCUGGAUAUAUUUUGAAAAAUGGGGUGUACAAAAAGCUGCUAAAAUGUUCGAAAUGUCCCUACACGAACAUUCGUAACAGAAAUUUGCGCCUCCAUGAGUUAAUGCAUGGCCGUCGGUCAUCUGGUCAUCCUCUUUUGAAAUGCCCACAUUGUGAUUAUUUUGUUGGCUCCAAAGGUUUGUUAUCCCAUCAUCUGAAAGUUCACCAGCAUCAGUAUGUUCCUGAUCUGAAUGACAACACAAUAUCGGAAUUGGAGCAGUUAGAAGGCAUUUCUUUAGAACCUGAUGAUGACCUCAAUGAUAAAAGUGACAUGGAGAUUUCUACAGAAAGCAAAGUUGAUGCGCUUUUGGAUAUUGCUCAGUUUAAGAAAUUUUGCUGUGAGAAGUGUCCCUAUGCUAGUGCUAAACGUACGCAUUUUGAGCGGCACAUUGAGUUACAUGGAAGUAAACAGCAUUACACUUGCGAAUAUUGUGACUACAGUGUUCCCUCAAAUAACUUACUUGUACAGCAUCGUAAACUUCAUUUCAGUCCAAACCCAAAUCUUGUUGCGACUCAGUCGAUAUCAAACCUUCAGCGUCUGCCUGAAAUACCUGCUGAUGUAGCUCUUGCAAGUGCAUUACCUCCUCUUGAUUCUAAUGAUCCUGUGCCUUUGAGUGUGACACACGACCACUUAGAUCUAUACGAACAUGUCCAACCUGAAAAGGACGACUCAGAUAUUGUUAAAAAGGUGUAUCAUUGUGACCGUUGUCCCUAUUCAAACACACGUCGGGACCAUAUGGUAACACAUUUAAGGUUCCAUGUAGUUCGAAGUGAACUUGCUUGUCCCUAUUGCGAUUAUACUGUUUCAAAAAAUCAUCUCCUUGCUCAACAUGUUCGAGUUCAUUUUUGUCCUCUGCCUGAACUGUCCAAUUGGUUAAAUGAAAACGGCCAGAAGGACCGUGUCAACCAGUCAAAAGAACAGGACUUGUCAGAAGCCCUUCGUGUUGCACAGCUCUACCAACAGAUGAAUCCUACGACUGUGAAAAAUGAAAAUGAUGACUCCAAGGACAAAGAUGAUUCUCAGCUGGAGGAUCCACUAAGUACAGUUUGUCGGUACUGUGAUCGAUCUUUCUCAGAUACACCAGCCGUUCUCAAACACGAACGUCAACAUUUGAUAGGCAACCAAUUUGAUGCUUUUACACGCCAGUCUCCAGGUUUGGAACCAGCAACUGCAGUUGCCUCUGGUUAAAAUAUAUAGAUUUGGACAUUAUAUUGGCAAUAUUUCUGAAAUGCUGACAAAUACCAUAGAAAUAUGCUCCCACGACUC